AUGACCAUCUCACUCUUAAUUUCAUCAAGUCAUCGAUCAAUCCAACCAUCAAAGGCAUGUCGACUACACAACCAAUUCAGAAUACCAAAACCUAUCAUUUCAAUUACACCCCUUAGACUUUUCUCUUCAUCAAUUCCAUCAAAUUGGAAACCAAGUACAUCCAAACGAUUCUUUGUGACUGGUCAUGGUCAAUUCAAACGUUCACAAGCAGGUAAACAACAUUUAAUCACCGGUACAUCUCACAUUCGAAAAGAAGAAAUCAAUAAAACUCAUACUACUAAAUUAAGGAAACUUUUACCUUGUGUUGGAAAACGAGCUGGGUUUAGAAAAUUUAAUGAAAUCAAUUCGGUUUGGUGGUCAACAGGUAGAUUACAAAAAUCAGGAACUGCUUUGGAAUCGGCUAUUCUACGGGAUAAAGAGUUUGAAAAAUUAAACUUUCGGAUUCUAGGCUGA